AUGACGCCCCAGGAGGCCCUGGAGCAGGUCGCCCCGAGGGGCAGGGCCGCGCCGAAGCUCAAAAAUGCCCUCCGGGAGGAUGCCUACGAGGUCUUCGAGGCGUGGGCGUCGCAGAGCGCCGCCGCCGCCGCCGAGGACCUCGCGGCGGCGACGGCGCGGUCCAAUGACGCCGGGCGCGAGGCCGCGGCGAUCAAGGCCGCCAUGGACAAGAAGAAGAAGAAGAAGUCCAUGGCCGAGGCGGACUACGCGCCCGUCGCCGCGGGCGAGCGCGUGCAGGCGCUCGCGGUGCUCCGCGCGGCCGGCCCCGACUACGACCUGCCCUGGGCCUCGCGCUGCGCGACGUGCCACGCGCUCCUCGCCCUCGGCGAGCGCUACGCCGGCGAGGAGUUCGAGUUCGGGGCCGGCCCCGCCGCGGGCAUGGCCGGCGACGUCGCGCUCGGCGCGCUCGCCGAGGCGUUCCUCCUCGAGGACGCGCUCUGCCUGUCGAACGACGUGCUCCUCGGGGAGCCGACCAAAGCGCUCUACCCCGUGCCGCCGCCGCUGCUGCGCUGCCUCGCCCACGCGGACUGGCGGCCCUUCCUCCCCGGGGACCCGCGCUACGCGGCGAUCCGCUCGUGCGCGCCGAAGAAGCUCCGGAGGACGCUGGCGCAGAUCGACGGCCUGCUGCGGCGCAAGGACGCGCCGCCGCCCCUGUCGCCCGUCGCGGCCGUCGACGCGGAGCUCCGGGCGCACCUGGACAAGGUGGCCGAGGCGCGGGGGACGGCGGGCCCGGCCGCGGCGCGCGCGGACGACCGCGCGCCGCCGGGCGGCCUCCGGCGGCUGGCGGCCGAGGCGCUCGCCGACGCGUCGACGGCCGCGGCGCUCCGGCGCCUCCGGGCCGCGGCGACGAUCGUCGAGUCCUGGGAGGACGCCUUCGCCAAGACCGUCGUCAGGCGCGACGGCGCCGUCGUCGGCGGCGACCCGCGCGCCGCCGAGGCCCGGGGCGCCGCGGCGAAGGUGUCCUUCGAGCGGCCGCUCCCGGACGCCGCCGACGCCGCGGAGCCGCCGCCGCCGCCGCCGCCGGACGACGGCUACGACCGCCACGCCGCGGCCUACGACGCGCUCCUCGAGCGCCUCAAGGAGCUCUCCGACGCCGCGGCGAAGAAGAAGGACGGCGCGGCGGACGCGGCGCAGCCGGCGGAGGCCGAGGCGCCGCCCCCGGCGAAGGGCGCCGGCUGGGGCGCCCCCGGCUUCGAACUGCAGCACGCGAUGGACUACGCGUUCGCGGACGUCGCGCCGGACGCGGAGGCGCCGCCGCCGCCCCCGGCGACGGCGGACGUCGCGCCGCCGCCGCCGCCCGACGCGGCAUAA